UGCGGUGAUCAGAUUUAACGUUGGACAUGUGAAAUGUAACGCAGCAUGUCCGCGUAGCCAGAGUUUCCAUGUACGAGCGGGCGCUGCAUUUGGCAUAUUCUGAUGCUUAUACGAGGAAAGAAAGUUUAAGAAAGGAAAGCAGCUUCGUAGUUUCCAAACGUUCCACCCCAACCCAACCCAACCUUCGAGAAGAAGGAGAAGAAGGAGAAGAAGAAGAAGAAGAGAGAGAGAGAGGGAGAGAGAGAUUAACCUCUUCAGAUAAAAAGGGUGAAUCCGGGACAGCAAGAGAACAGCGAAUAGCAUCUCAUCAUCACCCCAUAGGGAGGGCGGAAAAAGGUGAUUUCUGGGUUCGAAUCUGUCUUUGCAUUCCUUCGAUUCGUUUGCAAAAGCAGCAGCUUUGGUGAUCCUAUUGAUUGGUUGGCUUUACAGAGUUGCUGCUGCUGUUUUGAGUGUGUCCACUUUAGCCUCGUUGCUGUGACGAGCCAUUGUGCUGUUGCCCGGAUUGUCAAGCCUGCGUCACUGUUGCCAGAUCGUCCUGAGAAUUGCCUUCCACAACGCUUUCAUUGACUCACUCUAGCCCAGCUGUGGUCCAUCAUUAAAAUUCAGAGCGUGUGGCUUUGUCCUAUCAAAGGGAUUCUUGACAAGAUCAGAUUUGUUAUGUCUAAUUCUGGACCACCAAGUACCAGAAAUUUGGCAUACUCUGGAAAGCAUGUUUUCCUGCCUCCAAAAAGCCCAUUUCCCGGCCUUUCUCCUUCAUAUGUUGAUUAUAUUCCUAACCAUCCAAUUGGAUCUAAAUCAGUGCAAAGGCCCGGAGAGGGGUAUAGUCACCACCAACGAACGUCAUCUGAGAGUUUUCUCAUGGAGGAUCAACCCUCAUGGCUUGAUGAUUUACUUGAUGAGCCUGAAACUCCUGUACGUAGGGGAGGCCAUAGACGCUCAUCAAGCGACUCUUUUGCAUACAUAGAUGUAGCUAACUUUUCUGACCUAGACUAUGCAGCUCAUGAUGAGCACAAGCACAGAAACAUGUUUUCAGUACCCUAUUGGGGAUCACAAGAAAUGAAUCGUCAAAGAGGUGGUCAGCAUACAUAUUUUGGUGCUGAGCAAAACCACGCGAAGCAGAAGAAUAGGGUGUGGGAGUCAUCUCGCAAUGUUGCAACUCCCCCUGGUGGCCCACCUUCGGCUGGAGAUGAUGUUGCUACUCAAAAUUCUGCACCAAUAUGUGUAUCCCAAGAAGUGGAGAAGGAUCCCUCCAUAGUAAAUGGAAUGCAAGACCAAGUUGAAUCUGUAAUUGAUUUAAAGGCUUCCUCUGAAAGGAAAGAUGCUUCUCGUGCAAAGCCAUCUUCAACUGAGACAGAUACUAAACGUGCAAAGCAGCAAUUCGCACAGCGUUCACGGGUCCGGAAACUUCAGUACAUAUCUGAGUUGGAAAGAAAUGUGCAAGCUUUGCAGGUAGAAGGUUCUGAGGUUUCCGCGGAGAUUGAAUUUCUCAACCAGCAACACCUUAUCUUGAACAUGGAGAAUAAUGCCCUAAAAAAACGGUUGGAAAGUUUAGCUCAAGAGCAGUUGAUUAAAUACUUUGAGCAUGAAGUUUUAGAGCGGGAAAUAGGAAGAUUGAGGGCUAUGUACCAGCAACAGAAGAAUCAACAGCAGCAGCAACAACCAUCUUCUGGCAAUCAACGCAGCAGCAGCAGCAGCAAAGGCCUUGAUGCCCAGUUUGCUAACCUCUCGUUGAAACACAAGGAUGCUACUUCCAGGCGUGACACUACGAGUGGCCCUCUUCGUACUUAGUUGCAUGGCCUUGAUGGCCAGUUUGCAAACCUCUCGUUGAAACACAAGGAUGCUACUUCCAGGCAUGACACUACGAGUGGCCCUCUUCGUACUUAGUUGCAUGGCCUUGAUGGCCAGUUUGCAAACCUCUCGUUGAAACACAAGGAUGCUACUUCCAGGCAUGACACUAAGAGUGGCCCUCUUCGUACUUAGUUGCAUGCUGCAACACCUAUGGGCGAUGGUGCCAUCUUUUGUUGGAGCCUCUGUCCCUUGUCUUUGCUCGUUUGCCUGUUUCAUUUCUUCUCUGUCUUGCUCUUCCUUCGUCAUAAUUGAUAUCUGGUGCGCCUGGUUAUCACUGCCGAUAGUCACGUUACCGGCAUGUGAUUUACCUGAGGUGGGUCUCGCCCUUCUUGUGCGUUGCUGCUCACUUCUUAGAAUCUAUUUCCCAAAUGGUUUUUAGCCACAGAGUAGUCCGACCACCCAAUACUUGAGGCAUUGGUAAAGUCUUUCAUGUUUUUUCUAGCCUCUCCAGUGCUGGGCUGGGCAUUAGUUUGGAAUGCUUUGCGAGAAGAAGAUUGCCAUUUGAAUGUAUUAGUUGUUGUUAUUGCCCAAACCGGUUCGGCUCUAUUGUACAAAAUCUGAUGGUGCUUGAUGAGCUUGUCUUUGAUGAUUUCUUAGUGAUUGUUGAGAGAAACCAUUGGAACUUUA